UUGUGGAUUGGGGCAAGUAAGAACUCAUUAGAGAGACCACUGGGCCCUGAGUGGUGCACCGGAGUAAAAACGUCAGGACCUCACUUCUCGUGUGAUCAAGGACAAAUCAUAAAACACGACUUUCAUGAAAGAUUGAGGGAAAUCCAAGAGACGAUCAACGUAUGGAGUUUGAGGGUUUAUCCUCGUUUGGCAAAGUGACUGUCAUAAAAACGUUCCUUGUACCAAAGCUGUUAUAUGUUUCUAUAAUAUUGGAAACUCUAGAAGAAACUAUGAAACAGAUGGAGAGGAUGAUAUUUAAUUUUUUGUAGCAAGGACCAGAUAAAGCGACAAGACUCUCUGUUAUUAACUCGCUUCAGAACGGUGGCUUGAAUCUUACGGAUCUUGAAACCCAAAUUAAAGCCUUGAGGCUGUCCUGGAUUCCACAGGCUCUUGAUGAGCGCGUUGGUUCAUGUGAAUCAUAUUUUGCAUUUUAUUUGAAAAAAAAGGAGGGACCUUGCUCUUGAAAUGUAAUUAUGAUGUAAAGGAUCUUAAUUUAUAUUAA